UUUUUUUAAAUUCGAGUUUUUUUUUCUUUUUCUUUCAAAACCAUCAAAUUUGGCAUAUUGGAAUAUUCGGAAAGAUUGUACAUUAAAUUUCAUCACCCACUUUUAGAAACUUAUCCAAACAGUUUCCGACACACACACUUCUGACUUCUGUCUGACAUUCAGAGAAUUUUUAGGAACAAAAGAGUCCAAAAGAACUCACAGAUGGCGUCACAGCUCGAUUUGAUCGGAAAAGACUACAUCGCCGGAAUCUCGAAUAAUCCUCGGGCGGCUAGCCGUGUAACUUCUGUAUACAGCGAAGUCCAAGCCAAUCGUAUCGACCACGCACUUCCUCUUCCUUCCGUUUUCAAAAGCCCUUUCAAGAUCAUCGAUGGUCCUCCCAGCUCCUCCGCCGGACACCCAGAGGAGAUUGAGAAAUUAUUCCCGAAUCUAUAUGGACAACCAUCAGCUUUAUUGGUUCCUAACCAAUCUGAUGCAGUUAAAUCGGACCAAAAGCUUAAGAUUGGUGUUGUGUUGUCUGGUGGACAAGCACCUGGUGGACACAAUGUUAUUUGUGGAAUUUUUGAUUACUUGCAGGAAUAUGUGAAAGGAAGUAGUCUGUUUGGGUUUCGUGGCGGUCCAGCUGGAAUCAUGAAGGGAAAAUAUAUAGAGCUUACUUCUGAGUUUGUCUAUCCUUAUAGAAACCAGGGUGGAUUUGAUAUGAUAUGUAGUGGAAGAGACAAGAUUGAAACUCCAGAACAGUUUCAGCAAGCUGAAGAGACUGUAACAAAGAUGGACUUAGAUGGUCUUGUGGUUAUUGGUGGAGAUGACUCCAAUACUAAUGCUUGUCUCCUUGCUGAACACUUCAGAGGUAAAAACAUGAAAACUCGGGUUAUUGGGUGUCCCAAGACAAUAGAUGGUGAUUUGAAAAGUAAAGAAGUCCCUACUAGUUUCGGGUUUGAUACUGCUUGUAAGAUAUACUCAGAAAUGAUUGGAAAUGUUAUGAUCGAUGCACGUUCCACAGGAAAAUACUAUCACUUUGUACGUCUUAUGGGCCGUGCUGCGUCUCAUAUUACACUUGAAUGCGCUUUGCAAACCCACCCAAACAUUACUAUUAUUGGAGAAGAGGUCUUCGAGAAGAAGCUAACGUUGAAGAAUGUUACCGAUAACAUUGUUGAUGUGAUCUGUAAAAGAGCAGAAAAUGGUUAUAACUACGGUGUCGUUCUUGUUCCCGAAGGUCUCAUUGAUUUUAUCCCUGAGGUCCAAGAGCUUAUUUCCGAACUAAACGAAGUCUUAGCAGAAGGAAACGUUGAUGAAGAAGGCCAAUGGAAGAAGAAUCUUAAAGAGGAGACUUUAAAGAUUUUUGAGUUUCUUCCACAAACUAUUCAAGAACAACUAAUGCUUGAGAGAGAUCCACAUGGAAAUGUCCAGGUGGCCAAAAUAGAGACAGAGAAAAUGCUGAUACAAAUGGUUGAAACCGAGCUAGACAAAAAGAAGAAGGCGGGUACAUACAGACGCGACUUCAUGGGGAAAUCACACUUCUAUGGGUAUGAAGGAAGAUGCGGGUUGCCUACAAAUUUCGAUGCAACUUACUGCUACGCAUUAGGUUACGGUGCUGGAUCACUUCUCCAGAGUGGAAAGACCGGAUUAAUUUCAUCGGUUGGAAAUUUGGCUGCUCCUGUUGAAGAAUGGACCGUUGGUGGUACUGCACUGACUUCAUUAAUGGAUGUUGAGAGAAGACAUGGCAAAUUCAAGCCUGUUAUCAAGAAAGCUAUGGUUGAACUUGAAGGCGCACCGUUUAAGAAAUUUGCGUCGCAGCGGGAAGAAUGGGCUUUGAAGAAUCGAUACAUUAGUCCUGGUCCGAUUCAGUUUAAGGGACCGGGAUCUGAUGCGAGAAAUCAUACCUUAAUGCUGGAACUUGGGGCUCAAGCCUAAAAUCUUUUUGGUAAUGUGAGAUUCACUCACUGGCUCACUUACUUUGUUGUUUUUUGCCUUUGCUGUAAAAAUAUUUUUGUAGUAAAGAAAGUUACUGGGAGUCAAGUAAACCAACAAGUAUUCAACGUGUAAGUCGUGAACUGUGAUGACUGAUGAUGACACUUGAAUAAUAAAAUUUCCUUGGUCUAUUGCCAUUAUUACUUUUUA